ACAUAAAUUUGGCAACGUUGUUGAUUCAAAUAUCAUGUGCAGCCGAUUGAAUGAAGUUGUUUAAGUCCAAUUUUUGUUAUUGCUUUUUUCUUAAAUAGUUAUCGAAAUUUGUGUCAUUUUGAAGAAUGAAGAUCGAAGAAAUGCUUGAGAAAUUCCGGUCACAAACGGCUACCUCUAUUGAUGCUCUAAGAUUCCAGACAGCUCUGUACUGGGCUGAAAAAGCAGCCACUGCAUCUGAUGGAGCAUUCCAGGAUGUUUAUAUGCUGGGGAAAUGCAUGUAUUUUUGCAAGCAAUAUCAUCGGGCUGCCCAACUCAUUACACAAGCACAUUUGCAUGAAAAACAUCUUAUCUGCAAACAUCUUGCUGCUCAAUCUUUGUAUGAAGCACAAAUGUAUUCUGAAGCUCUGCAGUUACUGAAAAAUGACCACAUAUGGAAUGACACAGCUGUGCUAACACAAAAGAAUCAAGAGAUGGAUUCCACUUUCCCUUCAGCAACUCAGCAGCAAAGUGUUCAUAGUUCAAUGUAUCUACUUCGAGGAAAGGUCCAUGAAGCAAUGGACAACCGAAUUCCAGCCAUUGAAGACUACAAAAUGGCACUGAAACUUGAUGUUUACUGCAAUGAAGCCUUCGAGAUGUUGGUUCGUCACGAAAUGCUCACUCCAGAAGAAGAAAAUGAUUUGCUAGAACAUCUUCCCUUUGAUGAACAAUGCACUAGCUACGAUGAUGAAGCGACAUUGUUGAGAGCUCUUUACACUGAUCAAGUCAGAAAAUACUGCAAACCCGAAGAAAGGGCUCCAUCAAGCGAGUUGGCUCCUUUGCGCAAAAAUCUGUCGAUUCGGGUCAAUCACGCUCAGAGGAUGCUCAAUGGAUGUGAUUAUCGUGGAUGUUACAACAUGCUCCAAGAGAUUAUGAAAGCAGAUCAAAAUCACCAAGCGUGUCUACCUAUCUACGUCACCUGUCUAGUGGCACUGAAAAAUUCACAAAGUUUGUUCACAUUGUCACACCGGUUAGUCGAUUCUGAGCCCGAUAAUGCCACGUCGUGGUUCGCUGUGGGUUGCUACUACUACGUCAUUGGUCGGUACGAAGAAUCUCGUAAAUACCUUCAUAAAGCAACAACACUGGAUCGGAAUCUCGGAGCUGCAUGGCUGAUGCGUGGACACGCUUUUGCUGCCGAAAACGAACACGAUCAAGCAAUGGCUGCCUAUUUCAAAGCUUCACAGUUGAUGCGCGGUUCCCAUCUUCCGAUGUUGUAUGUCGGCCUAGAGCACGGAUUGAUGAGCAACGUACGGUUAGCCAAUAGUUUCUUUAAUCAAGCCAAUUCGUUAGCACCAGACGACCCUUUUGUUCUCCACGAACUGGGUGCUGUGGCCUAUCAGAACAAUGACUAUCAAUUGGCGGAAAAGUGUUUUUUACAAGCGGUUGAUAUGGUGUCUCGCCUUCGCCAUACAACAUCUAAUAACGAUUGUAACGACUUCCCCAUGGACGACACUUGGGAGCCCUUGUUGAACAAUCUAGGCCAUGUCUCUCGCAAGUUGAAGAAAUACGAACAAGCCAUUGAUUUCCACCAAAAAGCAUUACUCGUUAGUCCUAUGCGAGCAAGCACAUUCGCAGCUCUGGGCUACGUUUAUGCUUUGACACUCAAGUACGAUCAGGCGAUUGAAUAUUUCCAGAAAGCCCUAGCCCUUAAAAGAGAUGAUACCUUUUCCACAACGAUGCUGAAUUCCGUGCUGGAUGCAUAUCUCAACGAAGCACCAGCUUUUCUCGGAGCUCCGAAAGAUAUCCCACCGCCCAUCACCAACUUGGCUGACACAUCAAACAGUCAUUUAAUGGUCACUCCUGGUGUUAGCAAGCGACACAUGGCUUCGGCAUCCGCCAUGGAAGUGAGCAACAUGUCGAUGCCAGACAUUAGUGAAGAGGAUGUGAUUCAGAUGGAUACCCCUGGUUAUUAUUUAGAUGCUAGGGCAGAUGACUCAGCAAUGAGUGGAAUUGGUCCGUUACGAACACCUUCAGAUGCCUUGGUCACUCCAGUGGCAACUAGUGGUACCACUGGUUACGGAUUUCGACCUGGUGAGCUUGGAAAUCGUGGACAUAAUCGGCAAGCCACAGAAACUAUUGAAGAAGAUACGCCAGACAUUAUCCAAAGGCGUUAAAUUAAUUACAAUUAUUACGAAAUAAUAAAUAAAAUAAACACGA